AUGGGAUGGUGGUCCGAAGCACGCAUGAGGCUCGGAGACCCGGAUGUCAACUAUGAAAAUAUUGACUAUUCGACUGCAGAGACAUACGAGCCUACUGUGCGGUUCUCCAAGUUGGCUCUUGGUGUUCAACAGUUUGCCACAGCCCAGUUUGAGGCUACUCUUGGGCCCAAGGACUCUGGAUACCAGAUGAAGUGGGGAAGUGGUGCGUACGAAGACACAGUAUUUGACGCCAAUCAGAUGAGAAUUGUACUCUACGAUACCGCAGAGUCUCGAGCUUGGUUCGCGAAUGGCGCCGAAGUCAUUUUGCACAUGAUUCGGACACGCAACAAGUAG